GCAAUUGCUUCCUUUCUUUCCACCUUGUUAUCUUAUAACCAUGCUUAUUUGGUGUGUGAUGGUAGGUUUUGUAUGAUGAAAUGCAAAUAAAAUCCUUCUUAUCAGCUGCAUUGCAAUUAUACCCAUGACUUAUUAUAUUCUCUCAUGAAAAAUGAGGAAACAGUGCUUAUUAGCAGAUACUUUCUACGAAAUGGAAUGCGGCCCAACGGCACCGCCAGCUUUUUGAAAACUGACUAGUCGUGUUUUUGUGCUGCAGCAACAAUUUAUUCAUAUUUGCCCCGUAAACAAAAUCUGUUUUAAUUUUAAGUAAUAUAAAUUUAUGAUUAGGUCGUAAUGGGUGUUCACGACUUAUGGUCUAUUGUCGAGCCGGUUCGAGAGUCAGUUCCGCUGUACAGUUUGAGCGGAAAGACGCUAGCAGUGGACCUCAGUUUAUGGGUGUGCGAAGCCCAGCAUGUCCAAGCGAUGAUGGGGAGAGUCACCAAACCUCACCUCAGGAAUUUAUUCUUCCGGGUGUCAAGUCUCACACUCAUGGGGGUAAAACUAGUUUUUGUUAUGGAAGGAGAGGCUCCAAUACUCAAAGCAGAGACAAUGAGAAAGAGGACAGAAAUAAGAUAUAAAGGAUUCAAGAAGUCUGCUGCCCCGAAGUGCACAACAAACACCGGCAGAGGGCGCUUUAAAGCCGUUCUGAGAGAGUGUGCAGAGAUGUUGGACUACAUGGGUCUGCCAUGGGUCACAGCAGCUGGAGAGGCUGAAGCCAUGUGUGCUUAUCUGGACUCUCAGGGCCUGGUUGAUGGCUGCAUCACUAAUGAUGGAGAUGCUUUCUUGUACGGAGCCAGGACUGUGUACAGGAACUUCAACAUGAACACUAAAGAUCCUCAGGUUGACUGUUACCGAACCAGUCGGGUGCAAACAGAGCUACAUCUGUCCAGGGAGAGUUUGGUCGGUUUAGCCAUUCUUCUUGGCUGUGAUUAUAUUCCCAAGGGCAUACCAGGUGUUGGUAAAGAACAGGCACUGAGACUCAUUCAGACAUUGCAAGGACAAACACUAUUGCAGAGAUUCAUCCAGUGGAAGGAGGAUGAUGCCUUCAUAUCGGAGGGAGUUGCAAAGAAGGUUCCUCACUGCAACGUAUGUCGGCAUCCUGGUUCAGCAAAGGCUCAUGAGCGCGGUGGCUGUCUGCUUUGCGACAGUAAACAAUUCUGUCAACCUCAGGACUUUGAUUAUCAGUGUCCCUGUGACUGGCACCGCUACGAACAGAGUCGUCAAGCGUUGUCUUUUGAGGCAAACAUCAGGAAGAAAACUCUGGCGAGUCCAAUGUUUCCUUUUACAGAGAUCAUUAGAGAGUUCCUAAUUCCCAAAGAUAAACCUGUGUCACAUUUCAAGAGGAGGCAGCCUAAUCUGCUGCUGAUGCAGAAAUUUACGUACGACAAGAUGGAGUGGCCAGCGCACUACACUAGUGAAAAGGUUCUUGUGUUGAUGACCUACACGAAUCUGAUGAACAGAAAACACGGAAGAGAGGUUUCCUUGCAAAUCAAGCCCCUUCGAAUAUUAAAACCAAGAGUGAGGAAUGGAGUCGCUUGCUUUGAGGUCGUCUGGAGAACACCAGAACAUUAUGUGUUUCCUGAGGAUCAAGCUGCUGAGAACCAUCUUGAAGUGAGGACUGUGGAGGAAGAGUCUCUCUUCCGUGUUGCUUAUCCAGAGGUGGUUGAGAGCUACUGGAGGGAAAAGGCUCUGGCAGAAGAAAACAAGACCAAAAAAAAGAAGACGAAGAGCAAAAAGGAGAAGGCAGCUGAUGUGUCUGAUGGUAUUUCUGACCUUUUGGCUGAGAUGACCAUUCAAGGUUCCUCUUCUACAAAGUCUGAAACGCAAUCACAAACCCAGCCCCUGAUUAUGUCAAAAACAACUGAACCAGAAGUGGUGCUUUUGGACACUUCAGUCAGCCAUAAAUGGCAUCAGAAAGAAAAGGACUGUGACAGUCAUCUGAUAGGUUGUCCCAGUACUCCUGUGUCUCAUGCAGAAUCAGACGCUGUUGCUUUGCUUUCUGUCUCUGCUGUUAUCGAUGCUCUUCAUCUGAGUGAUGUUGACUGGGACUCUUCAUCCUUCACAUCUUCCCCUCCUCCUCCUCAAGUAUUUACCAACCAACCACAACAUAAAACCACAGUUGAGGUAAAGGAAACGGGGAAAGAAAACAUCAAGCAAACCACCUCAAAUGAUGUGAAACCAGCAGAAUCUGUGUCAGAGCGGUGUUACACUGAAUGUCCUCUGAGGGACAGAGUGAUGAUGAGGAACGCAGCCAAAGCUAUGAACCAGAUGAAUGUGAACGGUGAUGUAGUUUCAAAACAGCUAAGCUAUGACGUUACUGAAGGCAUUUCAUGUGAGAAGUCAAACUCAGAGCCACAUGAACAGAUCUUUACUAAAGGGAGAAACGCAGAAAGCAAACUGUUAGGGACGAAACAUUUAGUUGAGAGGAAAGCAUCAGUCGGCGAUACAGACCCAUGUGUAAAAAAUUAUGCAAAACCAGAAACAUGCAGCUCAAAACAGCAGCUGAAAGCCAGAGUACCGGCUCCAGCUACGAUAAACACAUUUGGUGGCUCUACAAAACCUCCACAGAAAUAUAAAUUUGUAAAAGCAGAUAUUUCUUCAUCUAUGUUGCCUCCACAGAGAUACCACUCUGACCCAGGUCAAAGUGACAAGAACAGAAACAUGAAACAGACCACCAAGAGUGUGUGUAUGAGUGUGUGUUCAUCCAGUGACGACAGCGAUGUUGAAAACCAACAGUCUGGACCACAAAGAAAAACCAAGGCUAAGGACAAGACCAGACACCUGUCAGACAUCUCACUGAAACCUAUGUCUAGAUCUAAAACAGUCGAAGCAAAAGUGACUGAUGAAGUUAAACUCUUGGCCCCAAAAUCUUCGAACAGCAGUAUAGAUGUUGGCACAAAGAAUAUUCCUAUAUCCAUUGAAAGUAAGAGUCAAGACAUCUCAUCAGCUGCUAUGGAUGAUGUGUUCAUUCAGACUCCAGCUUCACCCGUUACCAUCUUAGACAGUGAUGAUUCAGUGAUUUGUACUGACAGUCCUUUACCACUGGUAGAGAGACUGAGACUGAAAUUCAUGAAAUGAGCAACACUGGUAAGACAUUGUAAAUUUUACACCAUUAGUAUCUAUUAUGUAGGAGUUAGAAAAUACAGCACAAUCCAAUCUGAAGGUCCAGCCAAAAACAUUUAAUGAAGAAAUUUUUAACAUUUGAAGUUGCAAUGCACAUAAUUUGUCAUAAACUUCUGUGUUUCUUGGGGAAACAGUUUGAAAGUAAAAGGAAACAUGCAGGGACAAAGUUUUUGUUAUAAAAUGAAACAAAAAUAAAAAAAAUAUGUUUUUAUGCAUUUUUUUGUUAAAGGAAAAAGUCAUCAAAGAUCAUAGUUUUACAUAUUAAAGAAGAUUUUAAUCAAGGGUGUCAAACUCAUUUUACUUCAGGGGCCACAUACAGCCCAAUUUGUACCAGUAAAAUAAUAUGAUAACCUAUA